CUUCCCGCGGCAGAGCCAUGAGCGAGUCCAGCGGCAGCGCGCCCCCGUUGGGCGGGCCCAGCGGGCAUCCCGGCGCCCUCCAAGAAAACCUCUCUGUGGACUCCAGCUGCUUCUCUCCGGCUGUGAACUUCCUCCAAGAAUUGCCAAGCUACCGGUCCAUUGCAAGAAGGAGGACAACCCUACUUUCCCGCGACAAACAAAGUGGCAUAUUACUGAAGCCGGCAGACUCUUGUGGUUCCCAUCUGGAGGGAGAAAUCACUGAAAACCUCAAUAGCCAAUCCAUUCGGAAGUACGCGCUGAACAUUUCUGAGAAGCGGAGACUGAGAGCCAUUCAAGAGACCCAAAUGAAGUAUUUGUCCGAGUGGGACCAGUGGAAGCGGUACAGCAGCAAGUCGUGGAAGAGGUUCGUGGAGAAGGCUCAUGAGAUGACCAGACACCUGGAGCUGUGGCGGGAGGACAUUCGCAGCAUAGAAGGGAAAUUUGGCACUGGGAUUCAGUCCUACUUCUCCUUCUUGAGGUUCCUGGUGUUACUGAAUUUGGUGAUUUUUAUGAUCAUCUUUAUGUUGGUUUUGCUCCCAGUUUUGCUUACCAGAUACAAAAUCACCAAUAGCACCUUUGUGUACAUUCCACUGAAAGAUGCGGAUAAGCAGUGUACAGUCUAUCCAGUAAGCAGUUCUGGACUCAUCUACUUUUACAGUUAUAUCAUAGACUUGCUUUCUGGCACUGGCUUCUUGGAGGAAACCAGCCUCUUUUAUGGACAUUACACUAUUAAUGGUAUAAAAUUUCAGAACUUCACCUAUGACCUGCCCUUGGCUUAUUUGAUAAGCACGAUUGCUUACCUGGCCCUGAGCCUCCUUUGGAUAGUGAAAAGGUCAGUGGAAGGGUUUAAAGUCAACCUGAUUCGGAGUGAGGAGCACUUCCAAAGUUACUGCAACAAGAUCUUCGCUGGCUGGGACUUCUGCAUCAGCAACCGCAGCAUGGCUGACCUGAAGCACAGCAGCUUGCGGUAUGAGCUCCGAGCAGAUCUGGAAGAAGAGAGAAUACGGCAGAAAAUAGCACAAAGGACCUCAGAGGAGACAAUACGCAUUUACUCUUUGAGAUUGUUUUUGAACUGCAUUGUGCUGGCUGUUCUAGCUGUAUGCUUUUAUGCAAUCUACUUAGCGACUACCUUCUCCCAGGAGCACAUGAAAAAAGAAAUUGACAAGAUGGUUUUUGGAGAGAACCUGCUGGUACUGUACCUACCAUCCAUUGUGAUCACGCUGGCCAAUUUUAUUACCCCGAUUGUCUUUGCCAAGAUCAUUCACUAUGAGGAUUAUUCACCAGGCUUUGAGAUCCGGCUGACAAUUCUUAGGUGUGUAUUUAUGCGGCUGGCCACCAUCUGUGUGCUGGUAUUCACACUGGGCUCCAAGAUCACAUCCUGUGAUGACACCGCUUGUGAACUCUGUGGCUACAACCAGAAACUCUACCCAUGCUGGGAGACCCAGGUUGGGCAGGAAAUGUACAAGCUGAUGAUCUUCGACUUCAUCAUCAUCUUGGCUGUGACGCUGUUUGUGGAUUUCCCUAGAAAACUCCUGGUGACCUACUGCUCUUCCUGGAAGCUGAUCCAGUGCUGGGGACAGCAGGAGUUCGCCAUCCCAGAUAACGUCCUGGGGAUCGUGUAUGGGCAAACCAUUUGCUGGAUCGGAGCCUUUUUCUCACCGCUUCUACCUGCAAUUGCAACCGUGAAAUUCAUUAUCAUCUUUUAUGUGAAAGAGAACAGUCUGGCAGCCAGUGGAAACGGCAGUGCAAAUGAUGAAGUCAGUUGUGGGCCCAGCCUGCCUUGGACACUCGUGCCCGCCUCCCUGGCGGCAGCCCCCAGACCAGGCACCAGCCUCAUCAUGUUCUACUUCAUUGCCCUGGCCGGAGCACACAAGCGGGUGGUCAUGCAGCUCCGAGAGCAGCUAUCUCUGGAAAGUCGUGACAAGCGCUAUCUUAUCCAGAAAUUAACAGAAGCCCAACAGGAUCUGAGGGACCAAUAGGCUGGGCAUGAAGAUGCUGCUGUGCCUUCUUCUCAUUUGGCCUCCUGACUGCUGAGCCCCACAAAGACUGCCUGGGUUCUGGGUGGAAAUGUUACAAUAUAUUUUUCUGGAAUUUAAAAGAGAUCAGCUACCUGUGCGCAGCUGUGGUGGCCGUGUCCAGCCCCUUGGGAGGGCUCGUAGUGACUUAGAAUAGCAGAUUGAAACCCAGGUCUUUACCUAUAUACUGAUAACUCGGUGACGACUCCACCAAGACAGUAACUCCUCUAGCUGCUCAGGGUUUCAUAACAAGAAGCGAAGAGAGACUUUUAUAUUUUUUUAAAAAGGUGGUUUUAGGGCCGGGGAGAUGGCUCAGUAGAAUAAGCACUUCCC